GAAGAGUGCAGGGUGCGCUCCAUCCACAGCCUCACUCCACCGGACUGUCAUCCUCCACCAGCUCUCCGCUCCGGUCCUGUUCCGUUUCACAUCGGCUGUUACAGCAUGGGUACGAUUUGAAGACACAGCACGGGGCCGUCAGCACUUUCACUCGCCACCAGGAACAAAUCCUCUCCAAGCUCGUUCGGCUGAAGUCACAAAUAAUGAUGGAGUAUUGGAGGCAAUGCGCGCUGUGGUUGAUAAACUGCAAGGUGCUUCCAGCGAACCACCGGGUGACAUGGGAGUCUGCACAGGUAUUUGACUUGGCCCAAACCCUCCGGGAUGGAGUCCUGCUCUGCCAUCUGCUCAACAACCUGAGACCCCAGUCCAUCAACCUGAAGGAGAUCAACCUGCGACCGCAAAUGUCACAGUUCCUGUGCCUGAAGAAUAUCAGGACUUUCCUGGCGGUGUGCAGCGAGGAAUUUGGCAUGAAGAAAAGCGAGAUGUUCGAGGCCUUUGACCUCUUUGACGUCAGGGACUUUGGAAAGGUUAUGGACACACUAUCUAAACUUUCCCACACAGCGAUUGCACAACAAACUGGAAUCAGGCCCUUCCCAUCUGAGGAGAGUGUUGAAGAUGAGGAUAUCUACAACCACCUGGAGGACCUGAUAGAUGAGAACGGGGUGGAGGAUGAGGAGGAUCUGUAUGACUGCGUGUACGACGACGAAGAUGGAGGAGAGAUCUAUGAGGACCUGAUGAAGACAGAAGCCAUCCCUCCUCCGGCGUUCCAGAAGCAAGCAGAGACUGACAUAAGGAGUUGCUGUUUAACAGAGAUCAAACAGACAGAGGAGAAAUACACUGAGACCCUGGAGUCUAUAGAGAAGCACUUUAUGACGCCCCUCACCAUGUUUCUGUCCAUGGCCGAGAUGGAAAAGGUGUUCGUGAAUAUUCCGGACCUGGUUAAAGUUCACAAAUGUUUACUGCUGGAAAUUCAAGACUCAGUCCACCACAGAAGUGCCCAGAACCUUUACCAGAUCUUCAUCACCUUCAAAGAGAGGUUGUUGAUCUAUGGGAAAUACUGCAGCCAUGUGGAGACAGCCAUCGCCACUCUGGACGACAUUUGCAAAGACAGAGAGGACCUACGCAUGAAGCUAGAGGAAUGUUCAAAGAGAGCCAACUACGGCAAGUUCACACUGAGGGAUCUGCUGGUGGUUCCUAUGCAGCGGGUAUUAAAGUAUCACCUCCUGCUGCAGGAGCUGGUGAAACACACUCAUGAUUCCACUGACAAGAGUAAUCUGCGGAUGGCAUUGGACGCCAUGAAGGACUUGGCUCAGUACGUCAACGAAGUCAAGCGAGACAAUGAGACGCUGCGAGAAAUAGAUCAGUAUCAGAGAUCCAUUGAAAACCUGAAUCAGCGACUGAGUACCUAUGGCAGACCCAAAGGUGAUGGGGAGGUACGAGUGGCCACAGUGGACAAACGGGCUAAACAGGACAGGCACAUCUUCCUGUUUGACGCCGCUGUGAUUGUUUGUAAGCGGCGAGGAGACAACUAUGAGAUGAAAGAAGUGAUCGACCUGCACCUCUUCAAGAUCACCAACAACCCCACAUCGGACAAGGAGAACCGAAAGUGGUCCCACGGAUUCUACCUCACUCAUAACCAGGGCCAGAACGGCUUUGAAUUCUUCUUCAAGACCAAAGAGCUGAAAAAGAAGUGGCUGGAGCAGUUUGGCAUGGCCAUAUCCAACAUUCGUCCUGAGAACGCCACUAACAACUUCCAUGACUUUAAUAUGCACACCUUUGAAAGGAUCACCUCCUGCAACUCUUGCCACAUGCUGCUAAGGGGCAUCUUCAACCAGGGCUAUCUGUGCUCCAAGUGUGGUUUAGGUGCCCAUAAAGAAUGCCUGGGCCGCUUUGGCUGCUGUGGAAAAACAGAUCCCGGCUCCGUCAGAACUCAGGGCAAAGAUCGAGAUCCAGGUCUGCCCAAGAUGCUGGUAAUCAGGAACUACUUUGGCGUGCCGAGCCCCACGUCUGGUCCGGCGCUCAGCAUCCAGACGGGUGACAUCAUCGAAUUAAUCGGCGCCGACCUACACAGCCCCUGGUGGCAGGGCAAAAUCCUGACGACAAAGGAAGUUGGCUUCUUUCCAAGCGACGCUGUGAAGCCGUGCCCAUGUGUCCCGAAGCCUGUCGAUUACUCCUCUCAAGCCUGGUUUGCAGGGCCCAUGGAGAGGCUUCAGGCGGAGGCAGAACUCAUCAACAGGGUCAACAGCACCUACCUGGUCCGCCACCGCAGUAGAGAGUACACAGAGUACGCCAUCAGUAUAAAGUACAACAACGACGUGAAGCACAUAAAGAUCCUGACCAAGGAGGGCUGCUUCUACAUCGCAGAGAACAAGAAGUUCAGGAGCAUAUUAGAGCUGAUCGAGUACUACAAACACCACUCAUUGAGGGAAGGUUUUAGGAGUCUUGACACCACGCUGAAGUUUCCAUACCGGGAACCAGAGAACGCUGCUAUGCACCGCCUCAACCGGCCGGGUGGCAACACCCCAUUGCUCUGCGGCCUCUCUUUUGUAACUCCUGCCGGCUACAGCUUUGUACCUCCUUCCUCUGCUCCCUUCUGGUCAGUGUUUACUCCGAAAGUGAUCGGUGUGGCGAUAGCACGGUACGACUUCAGCUCCCGUGACACCCGGGAGCUCUCGCUGCAGGAGGGUGACGUGGUUAAGAUCUACACGAAAUCGGGAGCCAACGGCUGGUGGAGGGGCGAGGUCAAUGGCAGGGUAAGUGGCAGCCUUAAGACGCCGGGAAAACACAAUCCACUAAUCACUGAAAUCAAAUGA